GAGCAAAAAUACCGGACGGUAUUAAUACAAACAAGCAACUGUUAACCCAGUUUUUUAAAGAGGAACCUGGAAUGAAGUCGAAACUACAAAAGGUGAUAGCAUAUAGAGAGCAACGAAAUCUAAACAUAGAGGAAAUCGAGGAGAAGAUAAAGCAGAAGGAAGACGAGCUACAAAAAGAAUUAGAGGGAGAGAAAGAGAAAUUCGAAAUGGCUGUUUCGAGCGUCAUGGACAAAUGGAUCUGCCAAGCGAAAGUUGAAGGUUAGUUCAUAAAGAUAAUAUGAAAGAACAAAAACUACAUUAUGAUGUUGCCUUGCUCUUUGCGAUACUUUGUUUUCUGGUUCAGUCUGUUCUUUGUAGUAAACGCAGUUUUGUCAGAUCAUAGAUCGUUGUAGAAAGUGCAUGCAGAGGAGUUUCUUUUUCAAUUGUUUGCUUCCCCUCUCCCAUCCCCAACACGGCCUGUAUAGUUUUUAGAAUACCGUAAAAUUCCCAAAAUAAGCCCCUCCAUGUAUAAGCUCCUCCGAAUAUAAGCCCCCCAAACCGGUAACGCAAAAAAACCCUCCGUUACAUCGCCCCUCCAAAUAUAAGCCCCCCGGGGGGCUUGUACUUGGAAUAUUGCUCUCAAAUACAAAGUACAACAAAGCAAAAACGGUAAAUUUACCUCCGACAAUAAUGCUAGCCCAAUCGGUUUUGAAACGCAAAUUUCCCUCAGUAGAUAAGCCCCUCCGAAUAUAAGCCCCUCCAAAAAUAAGCCCCUCAAAAAGGGCAUUUGAAAAAUAUAAGCCCCGGGGCUUAUUUUCGGAAUUUUACGGUAAUUACUUACGCUCCGGUUGUUCAAACCUUAAAUAACGCUGUGUCCAACAUCCUCGGAGACCCAGGGGCGGUCAGUCGGGCCGGGAGAAAAGGUGCGACAAAAGUUUUCAAACACAGGUGGAAAAACUCCUGGGUACCGACUCUCACCGGACCAUUUCCAAACGGUCAAGCGAAUGCUGGCUCCUGAUUGGGCACAAAAAAUGCUUUGUAUUAUUGUGCCCAAUAGGCGAACAGCAUCUCCUGAGUUCCUUUCAUGAGUUCGUACACGACGGCUAUUGACUAGAUCACGGCUUGUCUGGCUCAUGCACCAAAGAAAUGCACGCAGUCAGGAAUCUUUCAGUCAGGGCGGAUAAAGGUUAUAAACGCUACAUUUCGAAAUACUGGUAGUGUUUACACUGGACCCUAAAUAAGCUAAGGAAUAUUUCAAGACAAGUAAAUUUUAGAUUCUUCAAGUAAAAGAAAGCUUCAGACAAACCUAUCUUUUCUACUUCAGGUUUUCCUACGCAACCUAAUUAAGAUUGAUUGACAUGCUUCGCCUUUCUCAACAAAGCUUGGAAACCGCAAGUUCGCUAAGUCGGUUUUAACGAGAUGCAAGGUAAAGUUACUUGAGAUUUUGCUUAGGCCUUCACACACGCAUUUUUGGUUAAGUAAAACUUAGCAGCUCUUAAAUCUUAGUUAACAGCCUAGCGUAAAGACAACCACAUCCUCGGAGACCCAGGGGCAGUCAGUCGGGUCGGGAGAAAGGGCACGACAAAAGUUUUCAAGUAUGGGCGAAAGAGCCCCUGGGUACCGACUCUCACCGAGCUAUUUCCAAAAAUUCGAGCGGGUGCCGGCUCCUGAUUGGGCACAAAAAAUGCUUUGUAUUAUUGUGCCCAAUUGGCGAACAGUUUCUCCUGAGUUCCUUUCGUGAGUUCGUACAUGAUGACUAUUGUUUCGAUCACGGCUUGUUUGGCUCAUGCACCAAAGAAAUGCCGGUAGUCAGGAAACUUUCAGUUUGAUAAAAAAUCCCCAUCUGAUUUCAAAAUACUGUCUGCCCGUGUGAAACUAAAGACGCUUUUCCAAAAAUACAAUCUUGAGCUUACAACAGGUAUUCACGCUUGCAUCGGUGACGUCUUGCGUAAAUAUUAGGGAAUUUUUAAAAGAUACCACGACGGCUGACAAUCACGAAAACGUCGCAUGGAAAAGGGAAUUCACAUAUUUUCAGUUUCUAUCAUGAUUAUUCCAACUCGCUUACUUUGUCAAAUGCAAGCGAACUCUUCUGGAGCUGAAAUUCUAUCAACAUAUCCAAGUCCAUGAAGGGAAUGAAUUUUGUCAUUUGCAGUUGACGGCAAAGAAAUGUACAAAGAAAGUGUGAUGCACGAACAAAGUUUUUGUUUUGUCUUAUCAAGCUAUUGCUAUUGACUUUCUCAUCGCCGCCGCAUCGUUAUCUUCCUAUUAUUUACGAUACAUCGUGAUGAGUCAAAAACAGAAUAUUCUCGAAGCAAAUUGAACUGCUCCUGCUGUUAACAUUCCAAACGUUUUUUUGACUCAUCGGUAGUUCCUCCAUUUCUGGUUAGGAAAGUAGAAAAUAAAAGUUUUCCUUGCUUGCUCAAGUUUGGUGAACGAACCAGGCAAGUGUGGCAAGACAAUAGCCGUCGUGUACGAACUCACGAAAAGAACUCAGGAGAAACUGUUCACCAAUUGGGCACAAUAAUACAAAGCAUUUUUUUGUGCCCAAUCAGGAGCCGGCAUCCACUUGAAUUUUUGGAAAUAGCUCGGUGAGAGUCAGUACCCAGGGGCUCUUUCGCCCAUACUUGAAAACUUUUAUCGUGCCCUUUCUCCCGACCCAACUGACUGCCCCUGGGUCUCCGAGGAUGAGACAACCACUGUCUACACGAAAACUAAAGACGCUUUUCCAAAAAUACAAGCUUGAGCUUAGAACAGGUAUUCACGCUUGCAUCGAUCACGACCUUCGUAAAUAAUGCCACGACAGCUGACAACCACGAAAACGUCGCAUGAAGAGUGAACUCACAUUUUUUCAGUCUCUAUCGUGAUUAUUCCAACUCGCUUACUUUGUCAAAUGCAAGCGAACUCUUCUGGAGCUGAAUUUCUAUUAACCAUACCCAAGUUCAUAAAGAGAAAGAAAAUUUUGUUAUUGCUUGUUUACAUCCUUCACAAAACGUGAAAUUAGGCAUUUUCACGUUGUAGUCGUGCAGUGACGGCAAAGAAAUAUACAAUAAACCGGGCAACUGUGGCGAAAUAAUAGCCUUCGUGUACGAACUCACGAAAAGAACUCAGGAGAAACUGUUCGCCGAUUGGGCCGAUGAUACAAAGCAUUUUUUGUGCCCAAUCGGGAACCAGCAUUCUCUUGACCGUUUGGAAAUGGUCCGGUGAGAGUCGGUACCCAGGGGCUCUUCCGCCCAUGCUUGAAAACUUUCGUCGCGCCUUUUAACCCGGCCCGACUGGCUGCCCCUGGGUCUCCGAGGAUGUGUGUCCACCGGAUGCACCUGAAAGUCUAAGGAAAACCAAUUGCGUAAUAUAAUCCACUGGCAGUUUUCAAAAAGUGGAUAACGCUUUCCACUUUUUGAAAACUGGGGAUUGGUGAUUAGAGUUUCGCGUGCUCUGAUUGGUCGAGGAUUGCGUCGUGUGUGGCUAUAUUAAUUUUUCCCCGCGCGGGGUGAUUUUAGUACCCAAACGAGGCAUUAAAUGACUUUAGCAAAGAUCAGCCUUAUCGGCCUGUAAUCGUGCAACAAGGCAGGUUUAAAUGGGUUGGAAAAACUCGAAACAUUACUUUUCAACUAGUUUUGCAGCAAUGUUGUAAAACAAGAUGCAAGUUGCACGUUUUAUUGUUUAUUGUUUAUUUGCUUUUUGGUCAGUCAGACACAUAAAAUAAAGAAAAGUUAAGAAAAAUGAUUUUGUUUUUUCUUUGUAUUGCAGAUAACGAAUCUACUCUUUUUGUUGUGCUUUUAACAAACAAUUUAAUUGUCUACAGCCAUGAAAUUAAAGAGUUUUCAAGGAAGACCCGAAGGUAUUUGACCGAAAAAUUGGCUCUCAUUCCAAGCACGAAGCUACUAAUAACCGAUAUUGGGUACUGGCUACAUUUGAACACAGAAGAACUUCCCCAAGAAACUCUUCAUUUACACAUCAAUGAGAGAGGAAAAUUAGCUCUUGCCACAAUCUUUGAGCUAUUGAACAAACGUUGGCAGACUUUAGAUCUUAUUUCAGUGUUCCGGGAAGUUCAAAGAACCUUACCUAUCAAGAAGGCUUCCCAACAGUUUGACCAAGGGAAUUUCCAAGUUUCUGCUUCUGUUUGCGACUUACUUGAAAAUUUGUCUUGCCUUCCAAGACUUCAGAAAACGGAACCAUGA